AUGCCUUUCAAUGUCCUUGUCGUAGGUGCAGGUGCUGUCGGUUGCUUCUACGGAAGCAAGCUUGACCCCGAGCACACGCGCGUCUCGCUCGUAUGCCGCUCGAAUUACGAGCUUGCAAAGACGCAAGGCUUCGAGCUCGAAACGCACAGCUUUGGCACAUAUCAAUUUACUCCGCACAGUGUGUAUGCAACAGUGGAAGAAGCCGCGGCACUUGCCUCUGAGCCUUGGGACUAUGUGUGUGUGGCUACGAAAGCAUUAUCAAUGGAUCUAUCCUCCGUGGAAUUCCUUGCGCCUGUGAUUAGUGAGACAACGACGAUUGUGCUUCUGCAGAAUGGCGUCGAUAUCGAGGCACCAUACCGCGAGCGCUAUCCGAGAACGCCGAUCAUAUCGGCCGUCACUGUGAUAAGUGCUGCCAAAACGCAUCCAACACGCAUCGUCCAGUACCGCUGGACACGCAUCAGUCUCGGCCCCUACACUGAUCUGCACGGGUCAGCCACGACGCCCGAGGCUCGCGCGCUCCUGAACCGAACGGAAGACCGUGUCCGAGACUUUGCCGAACUCCUGACCCGCGGCGGCAUCAAAGAUGCUGAGACAUACGAUGCACUAGGCAUUCAGCUCGUCCGUUGGCACAAGCUUUGCAUCAAUGCCUCCAUGAAUACAUCUGGCGUGCUGGCAGGCGGCCGGAGCAACCCAGACAUGGUGCGAGAUCCCGCACUUCGAAAGCACAUUGAAGCAUGCAUGCAUGAAGUACUCGAGGCUACGCCGUCUGUAUUUGGCUGCCCCAUGCCGGACAAGUUUGCAUCGCCUGCAAAACUCCUUGAAAGCACAGCGCGCAACACGUCGCAAAGCGCAUCCAGUAUGGUACAGGAUUGGAAGGCGGGGCAUGCACUGGAGCUUGAUGCCAUUCUCGGGAAUGCAAUUCGAGUGGCCGAGGCACACGGCGCGUCCAUGCCUCGUCUACAAAGUAUGUAUGCAUUGUUGCAAAGUGCCGAGGCCAUGCGUGCCAUGACAUAG